AUGAAUUCAGAAGACCUCAAUAAGCUAAGCCAUGACUUUGAGGCAGAAAGCGAGUUGCGCGACACUAUAAGGAAGGAAGUAAUGGAGCUGGACCGGAAGUCUCGGAAUGCAAGCGGAAUCAUGAACCGUAUUCAUUCGACUCUAGAACUACAACGUUUAACCGAUUCAUCUUCCUCCAUUACGAAAAGCUGUUACGAGGAGUUUGCUAAGAUUGCUUCCGUUGUCCCACCAAACCAAUUCUGGAGGUACAUUACCACUAAUACAUACCCACUGGCUCUGGCUCAUGCAGUCUCAAGGUGGAAAGAUAUGUGGACUCGCUCCCUUCAAAAUAUCAUAUUUGUCACAGCCUUAAACGAAUACCUCACAACAGAGCGUCUUCUUACUUUACCAGAGUGUGAACAGCUCCUGGGUGUGGAUCCGGAGUGGAAAGGGAGAUUCCAGAUUCCUUCAGAGGACUAUCUUCAUGGUAUCAUUGCCCUGGUCAACGAAUUGUCGAGACUGGCGGUAAAUGCAGUAACCCUUGGUGAUUUUAAUCGACCAGUCCAGAUUUCCAUUUUCGUCCGUGACUUAUAUUCUGGUUUCUCGUUGCUUAAUCUCAAAAAUGACAGUCUGCGGCGUAGGUUCGACUCCCUAAAAUACGAUAUGAAGAAGAUUGAGGAAGUUUUGUACGACGUAUCCCUCCGCAAACUCGUCCCGCCGGAGAAUGUUCCACAGGUGCAAUCCUAA